GGAUUGAAGCCCGAUGACGCGAAGGUGGCCAGCAUUCGUGACUGGCCGCGUCCUUAGUCUGUAACUGAGAUGAGGUCCUUCUUAGGGAUGACGGGCUACUGCCGCAAUUUUGUCAAGAACUAUAGCAUAGUGACCGCCCCUUUGACGGAUUUGACUCGCCUUGACACCCCAUGGGAGUGGAUAGACAGGUGUGAGGCUGCCUUCAGACAUCUGAAGCAUGCUCUGACGCACCAUGAGGUCUUGAAACUUCCUGAUCCUGACAAGCCGUUUAUAGUAACCACGGAUGCUGGUCAAUAUGGCAUAGGCGUCGUGCUCGCACAGCAGGAGGGGCCAAAGUUGAGGCAUGUCGAGUACAUGUCCAAAAAGAUGCCCUCUCAGAAGUUGGCUAAGUCCAUCUAUGAGAAGGAGCUCUACACGAUUUACAAAGCGCUAACCCACUGGAGGCACUACCUCCUUGGGAGGUUCUUCUACGUCAGGAAUGAUCAUCAUACCCUGAAGUGGAUGAGAACCCAGCCUGUGCUUUCUGAUGCGCUGAAACACAUGAUCGAAGUCAUUGAGCAGUAUGACUUUGAGACCCAGUACAUCAAAGGAGAGUACAAUAGAGUUGCUGAUGCACUGUCACGUAGGCCAGACUUUCUUGGUGUGCUGAUUACUGAGUUUGAGCUUGCGGACGAUCUUACUCGUUCUCCGGUGGAAGCCUAUUGCGAGGAUCCGUUUAUGGCUGAGAUCAUACGCAGACUCGAGGCGAAGGACAAAGUGACUUCUGUCGAGUUUGAGUUGGUCAACGGCCUGUUGUUCCUUAAGAAGGCUGGGAAUAAACGCUUGUGUGUGCCUAAUCAGGAGUUUUUGCGUAGUUUAUUUUUAGGAGAGUGUCAUGAUGCCAUAAGACAUUUUGGAUACAAAAAGACUGCAGCUAACUUGCUGCAGCAGUUCUGGUGGCCCACGAUGAUGAAAGACGCCAAGCUGUACGUGGAGACUUGUCAGGUAUGUCUGAAAGACAGGCCACGUACACAGGCCCCUCUUGGGCUUCUCAAGCCCCUUCCGAUACCAGAAAGGCUCAGUGAGAGCCUGUCCAUGGAAUUAAUGGACACGCUGGUCACCAACAAGAGUGGAAUGCGAUAUGUCUAUGUCAUUCUGGAUUGGCUUAGCAAGUAUGCUAGGUUAGUCGCAAUGCCAACAACAGCCAAAAACGAGUACAUAAUUAAGUUGUUCAAAGAAAAAUGGGUCAGGGACUUCGGGUUACCAAAGUUUAUCAUUAGUGACCGGGAUGUGCGAUUUACCAAUGAACUGUGGAAGGCCGCAGCUGCAGAACAAGGGACACAACUGCAGAUGACUUCCGGCAACAACCUAGAGGCAAACAGACAAGCAGAGCAACUAAACCGUGUUGUUCAACACCUGCUGAGGCAUUACAUCAAGCCCAAUGAGGUGGACUGGGAUGAGAAACUUGCUCUCAUCGCUAGUCUGUAUAACAACGCAAUGCACAUCGAGCCUGUCCAUGGACUUAAUGGACACGCUGGUCACCAGCAAGAGUGGAAUGCGAUAUGUCUAUGUCAAUCUGGAUUGGCUUAGCAAGUCACGACUAUCUGGUCUCAUGUGUAUGAUGCUGCUCGGUUUCUGAAGUUCGCUAUCGCUCAUUUUCCUUGCAAUUGAAUAUUUCAAAAUAAUUAAAUUCGUUUAAAAUGAAUUAAAUUCGUUUAAAUUAAUUAAAUUCGUUUUAAAUCCAUUUAAAUUAAUUAAAUUCGUUUGAAAUCCAUUAAAAUUAAUUAAAUUCGUUUAAAAUUUAAUUAAAUUCAUUUAAAAUAAUUAAAUUUGUUUUAAAUCCAUUAAAAUUGAUAAAAUUCGUUUUAAAUC